AAGUACGCCAAGUCGUGACAAACUUUCAAAACGAAAUCCACUUCCUGUUGUCAAUGUCAGUAAAGAUUGCCAACUUCAGGCCGGAGGGGAAUUUCCGGAUGGACGUUCUUUCUAUUGUGAAUUAAAAAGUCAUCAAGAUGGGUCGUAUGCACGCUCCUGGCAAGGGUAUAUCCCAAUCUGCACUUCCGUACAGACGUUCGGUCCCUUCAUGGCUUAAAUUGAACGCCGAAGAUGUUAGGGAGCAAAUCAAGAAACUCGGCAAAAAGGGAAUGACCCCGUCCAAGAUCGGUAUUAUCCUCCGAGAUUCGCACGGAGUCGCCCAAGUGCGUUUCGUAAACGGCAACAAAAUCCUGCGGAUCAUGAAGUCAGUCGGUUUGAAGCCAGACAUCCCAGAAGACUUGUAUUAUUUGAUCAAGAAGGCCGUAGCGAUCCGCAAGCAUUUGGAGCGCAACCGCAAGGAUAAGGACAGCAAGUUCCGUUUGAUUUUGGUCGAGUCAAGGAUUCACAGGCUCGCCCGCUACUACAAGACCAAGAGUGUGUUGCCACCAAACUGGAAAUAUGAGUCGAGCACGGCUUCUGCAUUGGUAGCAUAAGUCUCUCCUCGUUUUGAUAAGAAAAUAAAAACAUUUUAAAAGCGGAA